GCGCGUGCUCCUUGCAUGCUGUAGGUACGCAAGACAACGACACUGGACACGCGUUUCUUGAAAAGGGCAAUAGACACAUUGGAGGUGGAAGUGGUGUGAAAGAGGAGGGACUUGAGACUUCAGUUUGCGUUUCACUGUGCAAACUGAAGGGCGCUCACGCUCGGCUCUCCGGGACUGACCGCUGAGCCACGGAACUAGUUUGCGCUGACAUUGCCGUCACACGUUAAACUCCCACAACUGUGCCCACCGCCGACAGCGGACGUUCCGCGAACCCGGUAAAGCCUAGAAGUUGUCCGUUUCUUCCUAAAGCGCCACUCUUCCAUGCGAGGAUGUGAAUUUCCGCGGGAGGUUUCAGAGUCGUGCCAUGGUUUUGACCUGCGCGCUCCUCACAGAAAUGGGCCGCUCCGCAUCUACGGGUACAUGAAUCUGAGUUCCACCGGCCAGAUGCCUGAGAUGGAAGAAGUAGAUACCAAUGAGAGCAACGGGUUGGCGAAGACGGUUGCUCUCAUCAGCUUCCUGUCACUGGUCAUGCUCAUGAGCGUCCUGGGCAACCUGCUGGUUAUGGUGGCCGUCUGCAAAGACCGGCAGCUCAGGAAAAUCAAAACCAACUACUUCAUCGUCUCGCUGGCAUUUGCUGACCUGCUGGUGUCAGUGCUGGUGAUGCCGUUUGGUGCCAUAGAACUGAUCCAUCAGAACUGGAUCUAUGGAGAGACCUUCUGCCUGGUCCGCACCUCUCUGGACGUGCUGCUGACCACUGCCUCCAUCCUACACCUGUGCUGCAUCUCCCUUGACAGGUACUAUGCCAUCUGUUGCCAGCCGCUGGUUUACAGGAAUAAGAUGACACCGCUGAGAGUGGCUCUAAUGAUCGGAGGAUGCUGGAUAAUCCCAACCGUUAUUUCCUUUCUACCCAUAAUGCAAGGCUGGAACAGUAUUGGAAUAAAUGAUUUGAUAGAGAAGCGGAAGUUUUCUGGCAACUCCACGGUGUGUGUGUUUAUGGUGAACAAGCCAUAUGCGCUGACCUGCUCGGUCGUGGCCUUCUACGUACCACUGAUCCUGAUGGUGCUGGCGUACCAGCGCAUCUACAUCACGGCACGGGCACACGCUCGACAGAUCAACAUGCUGCAGCGGGCCGGAGGAGCGGGGAACGCGGACAGCGCAGACCACCAACGCAACCACCGCAUGCGCACCGAGACCAAGGCGGCCAAGACUCUGUGCAUCAUCAUGGGCUGCUUCUGCCUGUGCUGGGCCCCUUUCUUCAUUACGAACGUGGUGGACCCCUUCAUAGACUACAGUGUUCCUGAGCAGCUGUGGGCAGCCUGCCUCUGGCUGGGCUACAUCAACUCCAUGCUCAACCCCAUCCUCUACGCCUUCCUCAACAAGUCCUUUCGUCGUGCCUUCCUCAUCAUUCUCUGCUGCGGACACAAGCGCUACCGCCGACCUUCCAUCUUGGGCCCUGGAACGAACUGCACGGCCACGCAGAUCAACGGCUCGACACACGUCCUGAAGUAUUCAGUUCUUCACAAUGGAAACCACACUGAACAGGAGAAACAGUCAAUACAGAAUGACACAGAGUCCCAGGAGUCAUGUUUCUGACACAGGCCAGCCUCUAACGAGGAGCAUCACUGGAAGGUGUCACUUCUCACCGCCCUGCCUGCAGCUCAGACCCGACCAGAGCCUUUCACGAGUCGAAGACAGGGAGCUGGACUGAACUGUUUGCUCAAAGAGCUGCUGAACAAUGAGGGAAAGAACAAUGUUGCCAAAGGUAUCUGGUCUAUAUUUAGGAUACGAAUUUCCAUUGCAAAGGAAUGUUGGUAAGGUUUUUCCCAAUGUGUUUGUUUCCUUUUGGUUCUCCUGGGAAUACUAUUUCCAAACCAAAAACACAUCGUUCAAGCUUUAUCCAGAGAGACUUUUAUUAGCUUUAGAGCUACGGCACAAGUGCUGAACAGCUAAGAUGACACUCUAAAGAUUUAUUUUUAUUCUAUAAAGGAAAAAAAUAAAUUCACACAGUAUUAAGAGUCUGAGCUGGGAGCAAUGCUGAGUGAUUUCUCCAAUUUCUAUUUUUUUAAUUGUUCCAAUAAUGAAUUCUCAAAUCAACAGUUAUAAUAUAGCAUUGUCACAUUGUAAAUUUAAACUGUUAAAAACAACCGGCCUUAUUCAAAAAUAUAUGGAAGCCUGUUUCCGCCACCGAAUAAAAAAAGCUAAUUGCAACUUUUUAUCUCAGUAUUUUGUGACCUAAAGUCAGAAUUGCAUGAUAGAAACUCAGAAGUCUGAGAAAUAAAGUCACAGUUCUGAAAAAAAAAGAAACUCGCAAUUGUUAAAAAAUAAGAAUUAACUGAUAUAAACUCGCAAUUCUGAGUCAGAAUUGCAAGAUAUAAACUUGAAAUUGUGACUUUUUUUUCUCAUAACUGCAACUUUGUAUCUCGCAAUUCAUUUGCAAGUGAUUAAGUCAGAAUUACGAGAUAUAAACUUGCAACUAUAAGAAAAUAUAAGUCUUUUUCCCCCCUCAGAAUUGGACUUUAUAAUUGCAAAUUUAUAUCUCGCAAUUCUGAGAAAAGAAAUCAAAACUGCUAGAUACAAACUUGCAGAUUUAUCAACUUGCAGUUAAUAUCACACAAGUCUCACAUUUCUGACUUAAUUUCUCGGGAUCUUGCCAUUUUGACUUUGUAACAUGCAAUUGUGAGUUUAUAUCUCACAGUUCUGAGAAAUGACCUUUUUUUUUUUUUUUUAUUCAGUGUCGAAAACAGGCUUCCAUAAAAAUAUGCCCCAAGAUUCUUCAAAACACUGCUUUUUAGACUUCUUAAAUGAAUCAUCCAUAUACAAAGGAUUUUGACAGGAAAUUAACUUUUGUUUUCUUCUAGCCAUGAAAUCUGGCUUGAGGAAAACAUAAAAUCUCCAUUUUCUUACUGUGAACUGAAAUCUCAUUUAUGUACUAUAAGACUUCAGAAGUUCUUUGGGGAAUGAAAUGUACUACUCGCAGACUGGUUGAUGUAAUUCGACUUCUUGUAAACCUCUCUGAAUACACAGACCCACGGGUGACCGUUCUCAGUCAGGUCAGCUCUGCGCUUCACAUGCAUAACUAAAUGCAUCCAUUUGCACGAUGGUUACCUCCUCUGCCGUGAUUCACUGGUAUAAACAGUGCAGUGUUUUUCUGAGAGCGCUAAAACUACAUGAUGCCUGCUGACUGAGAAUGUGUCAGGCCACUCCAAACAAAAGCAUUGCUGACAGCAAGCAGGGCCAGGUCUCCCAGAUACUGUCUUAAAAUGUUUUAGUCUUACUGAAGAUGACCAUCGGUUACUGCAGGACUGAAGUGUUUGAAAAGAAGUUGUCCUUGCAAAAGUUCUUAAAGGCAUAGUUCAUCCAACAAUGACAAUUUACUAUUUAUUCACCCUCAUGUUAUUUCAAACUCUGUUAGUUUCUUUCUUCUGUGAAACAAAAUGCCAUUCAUAUUGAAAAUAGUGAAUUUUGCAGUGAAUUUUUGCAUUUCAAUACAAAUCCACACAAUUGAGAAUUUCACAUAAAGGCGAAAGAUUUACCACGCAGAUUUCACAUUAGGUUCAAGGUGGUCAAGCGAAUUUGCCACAUUGACCAACCAUCUGCUUGGUUUGAAAAUGACUUCUGUGUGAGCUGUGCUUCAUACAUUUCUACACUGUUGACAAUAGAGCUUUUUGCCUGCAAAAUGUAGCCAAAAUUUCUCUAAUGGAAAUAUUGUAAUGAAAAUAGGAGGAAAUACACCAUGAACGUGUGUGUGUGUGUGUGUGCGUGUUGACAACUUAUACAAGAUAGUCUGUUUUAUACUCAUGCAUAAAAAUGACAUGCUAUAUAAUACUGAGCUAACAACAAUAGUUUAACAUAAACAGUUGGAAACUGAAAGCACUAGAAUAUUCCAGAAUGUUACAGAAACUUCUAGAAUGUUCUCUUCCUUGCAAAAGCAAAAUAUCUUUUUUAAAAACAUGCAAAAUUAGUAAAAAAAAAAAAAACUUAUCUGCACUAAUGUUCCAUAAUAAUGUUAGUAGUUCUACAAUUUACCUGACCUAAAUAUUUACCAAAAUAUUGAUGCUACGUGACAAUAAAUAGUACAGUAAUACUUAGCACCACAGAAUUACAGAGGAACCAUAAAAAAAUGAAAUGAAACAAAUUUUUGUUACACUGCGAUAUUCUUCUUCCAUUUUCCAUAAAAAGAAUUAAAGUCUGUACAGGUUUGGAACAACAUGAGGGCGAGUAAAUAAUGACAGAUUUUUCAUUUCUGGGGAAACUAUUAAGAAUAUGUCAUGCGAAUGAUUCUUGAGAAAACUAAUUUAAUGGAAAAACCAUGCAGAUGAUUUUUGUUCCUUGACAUUUCUAACUAAAACCUCCCAAAGCAAUGAUGUGCCAUAAUAAAGCGCACUUCCAGAGCUGAGGACCCCAAUAAACACGCUCCUCAGAGAGCCUGGAUAUAGCAGAACUGACCCAGAACAAUCUCCAUCUCUCAUUCCAGCGCUUACCCGUCUGCUGGAGAAUGCCUCUGCCUCAAAUCAAUUACCUUCGGGAACACCAAUUGUUUGAAUUGAUCUAAGCCAUGUAAAUAUUUUUAAAUAACUACAUUUUAUGUGUUAGCCAUCAGAAAAACAGGUUUGGUCUUAUUUGCUAUUUUGCAGGGAUGUGCCGACAGCACCACACAUACGACACUAAAAAUAUCAAACAUGUACAGCUCUGCACUGUCCUCAUGCAUCAGUUUCCUGAUUUCAAAAAUGAAAACCUCUCCUGCAAACAAAGCACUUGUAGCACUUUUAUAACAUGAAGAUUAUUGCAUCCACAAGUCAUUCAGUAUUCUGGUCACGAAUAUGUUAUCGCAGACCAAACUAAUAUGAAAGUUGAUGAAUGAAUUUGACUUUCGUGAUCAGUUUUGAUAAAUGUAAUCAUUUCGCUGUGGUGAUGUGAUGAAGGAACAAAUAAGACACUAAGAUUUGAUCAACCAAUGGAAGAGUCUAUUAUGGCUUUAUUUGUUCCAAUACGAACAGAGCUAGCUACAUUACCUAGCUCCAGGGAAUGCCCACUUUAGCUUUCUUUUCUCAUUUUCUCAUGUUUUUAUCAACCGAUAUUUAAUUUCUAAAGGUAGAGCUUAGUUUGAUUUAUUGUACAUAGGAAUAUAUUUUUAUGCAAACGAUUUGAUAGUGGUCCGUGUGUUCCUUAAAUGCUUUAGUCGAACGCGUUUCUUCUUCCAGUCUGGUGUAUCAGCGAACGCUGACCAUGAAUCUAGCGUGUUAUUGGAAGCAAUGUCCAGAUAAGCUGUAUGCCAGGCUACUUGUUUUUUUACAAUCAAACAUGUACAUGGUCGUGCCUUCACAGCCAUCUUACGGAUGUACAGUGCAUUGUGAAACUGUGCAAGUUCAUGCUGGUAGUGGUCGAAAAUGUUUCCUUUUGAGAGGUUGUAAUGUACAAUCAAAAGCAAACCAGCCGCCCGCAGGGCUCUGAUGAGUUAUAACGUCCAAAUUAUCGAUCUUCGGUUUUCAUUUGUUCAAUUUUAAUUAUGUAGCACCUUUUAAUUCCGAGGUACUUUGCCAUUAUUUGACAGUAAGCGGUUUUGUUGGUCGAACAACUUGCACAAUUUCCUAUCUGUGUUCUUUGGAUGUCAUUAUGUUGCUUAAAGAUGGAGAUUUUGCAAUGGUUUACGCUUAGGAAACAAGAAAUACAUGCUGUUUUGAGCGCGCGAAGGAUGUAGAAGGAAGGAUUUGGGGGAAUGCUGGUACUCCAUAGCCAUGACAGAGCCAAAAACACUCCUACAUGAGCCCUGAGUUAUAGCUUGGAAAAGAUUUGCGACCUUCAGGGUAGUCAUUACCGUCAGGAUUUCAUGUGAAAUGAUUCCUGGCCCCGUAACCUCACAUACGAAGCGUGUUCGAACACCUCGAGGCCCUGAAGGCAGAAGUUCUAAGCAUGAAUGUGUUGUAAAUCUCCCAACAAGUUGUAGAACUUUUGUAAACUCAGUAUUUAUUUUGGUGGAUUUAAGAUUGAUAUUUUCAUGUAAGGCUUCUCUUUCAGGGAGCUAUGUGUAUUACUUUUUCUGUUGCUAUGUGACAGCUCUAAAAAAUUAUAAUUAAAGACUACGAGAUGU